GCGAUCAAAGCAGAGAUUAUUACUUUAAAAGAUAACGUGUGUCUCGUUUGUUACGUUUCGAACGGUCACAUAGCCACGUACAGUUUGCCAAGUCUGAGGCCACUUAUAGACGUCGAUUUUCUACCGCUUAUAGAUUUGAGUUUUCAGACUACGAAACAUGGCAUUGUAGACCCCAUGUUGUCCAUAUGGGGUCAUCAACUCUUUGUUAAUGGCGAUACCGAUCAAAUUGCGAAAACGCUUUGCUUCAGCAACAGAGGCCACGGUUUGUACCUCUCGUCGCCUACCGAGAUCCAAAAGUUUUCCGUUUCCAGCCAGUUUUGCGGCGAAUUAACCGAGAUGAUGGGAGACUUGUUCAUCGGCCACGACAUGCCCGAGCCGCCCAAAGAGAGCUUCUUCAAAGGUCUGUUCGGCGGUGGGUCGCGAAGCCUCGACAGGGAAGAAUUAUUCGGCGAAUCGAGCGGUCGAGCUUCCCGCACGGUGGCGAAGCACAUACCGGGGCCGAACGCGGGGGCCGAGAGCCUUCGCGAGCGCGUGACAACAGCGACGGGCGAGGUGAAUUUGGCCCAUCAAAUGGUGCUGGAACGGGGCGAGAAGUUGUCCCAGUUGGAGGAGAGGACGGCGCGGAUGAUGUCCGAGGCCGAGAGCUUCUCCCAGUCGGCCCACGGAUUGAUGCUCAAAUACAAGGACAAGAAAUGGUACCAGCUAUGAGGACAUCGAUCGACCAUGUUCCACUUUCCAAUUGCGUUUAUACACGAUUAUAAUUGUUGUAAUCUAUCUAGCGUUUCACCCGCGACCAGUUCUGUCGUACUAAGUCGUUAUGUCGUUUAGAGGGGAUGGGGGAGACUCGAAAAAAAUUGGGUAAAUUUACGCGAACUUUACACGCACACGCAGGAAACACGUUACGUGAUAAAAAGGGGAUUGAGCCGAGUUGUAGCGAAGCUCGUGUGAACGAAUGAACGAAUGCGUGCGUGCGUGCUUCAAAGAGAGAGUGAAAACGCGAGCAAAGGAACAUAUAGGAAGAGAUACUUUUACAAGCAGGUAUAUACACACGCACAUCUUUCAACAAAGAAUAUAUAUUAAAAAGGAAAAAAAAUAAAAAAGAAUCGUAUAUACACGUAUAACACAGAUAAGAUUAAAUAUAUAUAUAUAUAUAAAAAUGUGUAAUAACCUCAAAAUAUAUAUAUAUAUAUAUAUAUUACUUUUAGUAUAUAAGGCGAAGAGACGAACGAUAUGCACGUUAACGUGUGAACCAAACACGGAUAAAAUUGAAGAGAAGCGGGGGUGAUUGCUAUAUAUUCGAGAUAAAACAAAUUAAUUAGCGCAUAUAUAGGUUAAAUAAGAUACUAUCUUAGGCAGACAUAGGAUUCUAACUAUGCGCGAGUCAAUACACACACAAUUAUGUAACAAUUCGCCAAUUUUAACCGAUCGCUAUAUUCGUUGAUCCAUUCGGACGUGGUGCAACGACGCGACGCAUCCGUCAUCUUGUGCAUCACCGUUUCCCAUCGGGUGAAAGGAGACGAAUGAAAAACACGAUUAAUUUAUCGAUGAUAAAGAUAAAAGGAAAAAAGAUUGAAUCGAAAUUGCAAAAAUUUAGUUGAAAGUUGGCAGCGUUGUACGUUGUUCCGAAUGUAUUGACAAUAAAAAGAUAUAAUUAAUAAAUUAAUUAAUCGAGAUAAUAGCGCAUUGAGUAAAGGUUGAAUGCAGUGUAAUAUAUGAUUUACCUACGAUGUAUCGGAUCUUGGGGAUUAUGUAGUAGUAUUAUCGAUCGAGAUAAAUCUGUCGCAUCGUUGAUAAACUAUAUAUUAGUUGUUAUUAUAAUCGUAGUUAUCGCUAGAUACGCUAUGUACAUAAAGGAAACAAAUGCAGUAGAAAAAUAUUAUUAACGUUAAAACAAAGAGCUGUUUGUAUAAUAACGUGUUGUGAGUUACGCUGGUUCAGCGUCGAUGAUGAAUUCAACUGAAUUUAUGGUACGAGGAGAGGGAAGAGAAGAGCUACUUGUAAUUUUUAAAAAAGAAUUAUACGUAGAUUAGAUUAUUUAAAGACAAUAUAUAUAUAAUACAGUAUACAUAUACGUACGUAUGCGCGGUAUAUAUAGUAUGUGUAUCGUGUAAGUUCAUUUGAAUUUGUCGAGAUUCUGAAUCGUCGUACUACUGCUUCCAUAGCAAUAAUUGUAUAGUUGAUGUUACUAAUAAUGGUACUAAUCACCCGCAUAAAAACUUAUUAUUAUUAUUAUUAUAACAUUGUCCUGCAGAGAAUUAAUUAGAUCGCAAUUUCUUCGAGUUGGGUCGAACAAACCACUUGAUAUAAUUCCCCUCGGACAAUAUACGUAAGUAGAGGUUAGUUGGUAAACAACCGCAAAUACCUUUUGUCACGAGACAUGUAUUUACACGAUCGAGUAUCAAUAUUAUAUACCACGUUGUGGUCCACGAGAAACAGACAAGAAACAGGGUGGACUUGCUCGAAUAUCGUUGUAAUAUUCAUAUGAAAAGUUUCUCGAAUUUUGGGAUUGUGAUAUACGUUACACGCACGCGCGCGCACGCGCACGCACACACACAUACAGACAGACAGACACAAGUAUAACAAACACAAGAGAACCGAGAAUAUUAAUUCUACUUUGAUUCGUUUAACUUCAUUGAACCAGUACCGAUAUCUUUUCUCGCGACAGCUUUGACACCGUCUUGAUAGUCUCGAUAGUCUUCGAAAUCCAGCAGCUCGAUACGCCACAGAUUUUCUGAGAUACAAA